AUGUCAACAAAAGUUUGGACUGUUCUCUUGUGCAGUGUCACUUUAGUUUUGGCUUUUCCACAAGGUAAAAUAUCUGAUAAUCAAAAUAAUGUUGUUAACACUGAAAAAAUACAAGAAUACCCUGAAAUUCAGGUAACGUCUGGCACAUUAGAAUUUCCUACAAAUCAACUUGAAAAAACUAAAGUUAAUCCGGACACUAAAGUAGAAAGUUUUCAUAUAACACCAGAAUCAAAAACUAAAAACGACGAUGAUGAUCACAUACAACAAAUGAAAGAACAAAUAGGCCAACGCACUGGAGAUGAUUCGAAAAUUAAAGAAGAAAAUAGCAAUGAGACGGAAGAUGAAGAAAGUGUUACUAUGCACGCACAGGAAACAGAAUAUAAUGAUAAAAAUGAAGAAGACUACAUUACUCAAAUACAAAUAGAAGGAAAAUUUAAAAACACAGUAGAAGGUACUAUUCAAAAUAAAAAAGAACGUGUUGAUCGAGUACAAAAAGAAGAGAAAGUAAGUGUACAUGCUAAAGAAACUUUGACAACUGAAGCAGAGAGUAUUAAUCAAGUACUAGAAGAAAAAGACAGUAAUGAUAUUGACGACAACUUGCAAAUCAAAGAAGAACAUAUCGAUCCAGUACAAGAAGAGAAAGUAAGUGAACAUAGCGAAGCAACUUUGACAAUAGAAUCAGAAAGUGUCGAAAAAGUACAAGAAAAAGAAAAAACCAAUGAUACCGACGAUAACCUGAAACCAGAAAAAGAACCAGUCGAGCCAGUAUUAGAAGAAGAGAUGGUAGCUAUACACGCAGAAACAACUUCGACAACAAAAGCAGAGAAGGAGCAUGUUGAUCUAGUACAAGAAGAAGAAAAAGUAGGUGCUCACGUUGAAGCAACUUCAACAACAGAAGCAGAGAGUGUCAAAAUAGUAACAGAAGAAAAAGAAAGCAACGAUAUUGAUGACAGUAUAAAAAUUGAAGAAGAGCAUGUUGAUCCAGUACAAGAGGAAGAAAAAGUAAACGAACACGCUGGAACAAGUUCAACAACGGAAGCAGAGAAAAAGCAUGUUGAUCCUGUACAAGAAGAAGAAAAAGUUAAUGAACACGCCGAAGCAACUUCAACAACAGAAGCAGAGAAAGAGCAUGUUGAUCCAGUACAAGAGGAAGAAAAAGUAAAUGAACACGCUGAAACAAGUUCAACAACGGAAGCAGAGAGUGCCGAAAUAGUGAAAGAAGAAAAAGAAAGCAACGAUAUUGAUGACAAUAUUAAAAUUGAAGAAGAGCAUGUUGAUCCAGUACAAGAGGAAGAAAAAGUAAAUGAACACGCUGAAGCAACUUCAACAACGGAAGCAGAGAGUGCCGAAAUAGUGAAAGAAGAAAAAGAAAAGGAGCAUGUUGUUCCAGAACAAGAAGAAGAAAAAGUAAAUGAACACGAUGAAACAAGUUCAACAACGGAAGCAGAGAAAGAGCAUGUUGAUCAUGUACAAGAAGAAAAAAAAGUAGGUGCUCACGUUGAAGCAACUUUUACUACAGAAGCAGAGAAUGUUGAAAAAGUACAAGAAGAAAAAGAAAGCAAGUUUACAGACGAUAAUAAAAUAACCGAAGAGGCCUAUGUCGAUCCAGUACAUGAAGAAGAGAAAGUAAAGGUAGACACGGAAGCAACUUUGACAACUGAAAAAGUAAGUGAAUACACUGAAGCAAUUUCAUCGACUGUAAAAGUAAGCAAACAUACUGAAGCAUUUCCGACAACUGAGUACACUGAAGCAAUUGUGACAACUCCUAAAGUAAUCGAACACCCCAAAGUGCAAUCGACAACUGAAAAAAUAAUAAAUUAUACAAAAAUACAUUUGGAAACUGAAAAGGAAAAUGUUGGAAAAAAACAAUGUAUUCAAUCUAAAAAUGUUAAGUGUUGUAAAAAGUCUAAGAAUUGUCCAGUUCAAACAGAUGUACACCACAAAUUAAAGGUAACGUUACAAUUUUUGGUAUAA